AUGCUGGAUACUAAAGAAAACGAGCCGCAAAUCCCCAAGAUGACAAUUUCAGAACUACGUAGACCUAAGACACGAAGGUUGACUCUUGCAAAGGGGAAGACUUACAACCUGACAGAGACCAAGGCAACACCGGACAGAGGGACAGACACAAUGCCGGCCGCUCCGGAGCAGGAAAUAGACCUUCGUAUGUUGGACAAGGAUGAGGCGCCCCUCGAAGCGGGUGAAGACACUCUCGGCCAGGACGAGUCCACGUCAAACACUGUUGACCCGACCACGGCCUGGAAGUUGGAAAUGGCACAAUUUUUUCAACAAAUGCGGUGCGACCAGAAAGGAAGUACAGGCGAAACGAAGAAAGGGGCUGAUCUCAUAUUACAGUCGAGGAUGGCAGCAACCGAAGCGGGACCAGAUAUGCGGACCUUCCUGACCCUGGCGGAGCGGGAAUUUCGGGAAAUGGGAAUUGCGGAGGCUCAAUGGGGAGUACUGAUACGCAAAUACCUAACAGGUCGCGCCGCUACACAGUGGAAUUUCGUAGUUAGGUCCGGCAUAGAUAUGACAGACUGGCAACUGGUGUGCGAAAGACUUUGCGAAAGGUUCCUCGGGUAUACGCGGGACGUCAUGUUAAGCCAGAUGAAAGAAAACGAGUGGACUGGCGAUUACAACGAAUAUUGCAACGAGUUCUCAGACAUAGUAACCAAUGGAGAAGAACUGCCCGAACACGACCUGAUUAUGUACUUCCUCGCCGGAUUACCCAUGGAUAUCGGAGACGAGCUGACCGACAAAGGCAAGCGGAAAUUUUCGACGUGGAACGAGGCUGCAAAUGCGCUGAGAUCGUACAUGGUUCCAUUCAAUUUGUGGAGGGCACAGAGAAAACGUGCGCUACAGGAGCUGCAGGGCGCAGAGAAGCCGAGAUCUAAGCGUGGGAGUUACUUCAGGGAAUACGGAGAGGGGAACAGACAUCACAACGAGGCCGUCCACGGCGUCAAUCGUAACAGUGGAAUUUCGUAG